ACAAAUAAUAUCGUUGAUACCAAAAACAUGAAGACCAAAUUAGAUAUCGUCCUACUGGAAAAUGCUGGUGUUGUAGAAGAAAAAACUUUUGGACGACGAUGCGUAAGGAUAAAUACGGCAAUGCUGUAUAAGCAACAAAAGUAUAACCUUGCCCGAGAAGAAUCUGAAGGUUAUUCAAAAUUAAUGUGCGAAUUAACCAUGAGUUACAACACCAUGUAUAAAAAUGGAGAUGAAAAGUCUCAGAAUGUGCGUGUGCAAAGUCUCUUGGAGACUAUACAGACAUUAAUAGGAUUCUUUAAUUUGGAUCCUAAUCGCGUUCUCGACUUAAUUCUCGACGUAUUUAUUGCAAAUGUAAAGGAUCAUUAUGAAUUUUUCAUACGACUUUUAAAGAACUCCCCUUGGCUACCGGAUCCUCUUGAUGUGGAUAAAUGUAAUUCUGAUCAUGAUAUUUUGGAUGAGUGGUCGAAUGAUAAGGGUAAUCCAACAUGCGCUCAAUUGCUUGGCACAAAAUUUUCUCGUUAUAAAGGUUCCGACAUGAUGUCAGAUGCAUUUCAAUCAUUGUAUAUCGCUUCUGCAAUAUUAAUCCACAAUGAGAUUGUAAAAAUGGCUGACUUGUAUCCAUAUAUUUUGAAGGAACCUGGCGAUAAUGAUCCAUACGAACAUUUAAGCGGAAUUGCAUGUGCUUUUCUUGAAAUCGGUGACUUUUAUCACGCACGUUAUGUAUUACAUCAUCUUCCUGAUAUUGGGGAAUCCGUCGUUAAAUGUUUGCGUGAGAUAAUUAAUGUAGCAAUUCACGAAGUUUAUGUUCCAAUCGCCCCUCGGUUAAUAAAAUAUUUUCCAACUCCGACUUUUUUUGGAUCCUGGUAUAAACAAUGGAGUGAAGGAGUUCCCAUUUUUCAUUCUUUUAUGGAUCUCAUAAAUGAAAAAGGACGGCAAUUACUACAUUUUGUCGGCCCAUGGCUUUCUAAAGAUCUUAUAUUACUCACCAAAAUAAUGCGUAUCACAUUUCACCAUCUAAAGGAAUCCAAGAAUACUCCAGAUUAUGAAAUUAUUCAAAAUGGUUGGAUUGACAUUCUUCUAACGGUAAUUUUGCCAAGUAUAUCUAUGCCAGGCACUACUUGUGGUGUGAUAGAUGAGUUAUGGAACAUUCUUAAAUUAUUCCCGUAUGAAACGAGAUACAAGAUAUAUGCCAAUUGGAAGCUAGUUUACAGUUCUCACCAGUUAUUAAAAGAGCAGCAGAAGAAAGUCUCAUAUAUUACUAAAGAUAUUUUAAAGAAGAUAACAGAAGAAAAUUGCCGGGUGAAAGGUCGUGAUCUCGCCAAAAUUUCACAUACAAAUCCGACUGUCGUAUUUGAAAUUAUUCUAAAACAAAUUCAAGCCUAUGAUAAUAUGAUGACUUCAUUUGUCGAAGCCUGUAAAUACUUUACAGCCCUUGAAUAUGAUAUCCUGACUUAUCAGAUGCUAGAGAUAUUUGCUUGUGACAGGGCAAGGUUAAAAGAAGAUGGCGUCAACAUUAGUGAUUGGCUUAAACAUUUGUCAGACUUUUGCGGAAAUAUGUGCCGAAAAUACGAUAAAAUGAACCUCACAGGCAUUCUUCAAUUCAUUGUUUGCAAACUCAAAGAUCGCAGCUCCGUGGAUCUAUAUGUUCUUUCACAGCUAAUUACUGCAAUGUCUGGGAUUAAAUACGAAGCAAUCCCUUCAAAUUUAGAUGUAAUCCUUAUGGGUACUGGAGAAAAUCUACGAAACAUCAAAUUAUUCAAUCGGAAUCAAAAAAAUGUCCGUCGCAAUUCCUCCCGGCUGGGUCAAACCCUUGUCGAGGAGGGGUUUGCCAUGAAGAUUGCUAUACUGAUUGCUCAACUGGCGCAAAGCAUUCC